UUAUUGUUUAUGUAUUUAUAUAUUUUAAUUUAUUUGUAAGUUUAUAACUUGAUCUUGUACUAACUUUGUUUUAAUCUGAUUUCAAACAUAUAUUUGUGUUUAUCGUAUUAUUUGUUUCAAUUUUAAAUUUUAAAGAUAUUCUUCUAAAAAAGAUAAAUUUGAUAAACCUGGAUUUAAUAUUAAAUUAUAAAUCACUAAAUCCAUAGCGAGAAUUUAAAAUAUUUUAGUAACUAGUUCUCGUUAAUUUCAUUCAAUUAUAUGAUAUAUGUAUAGUAGCCACAUUAUUAUUUAUUAGUAAGAUGGUAGAAACCACCGAGAGUUCUGACACCAAAAACUUCUAUAACGCAAGUCCACUUCUGACUGAGAGUGACUAUGAGUCUCUGAAGAUAUUCGCAGGAGGCCUCACCAGGUCGACAACUCCAGAGGACCUGAAGGCGUACUUUUCCAAGUUUGGAGAGGUGACUCAUACCGAAAUCGUUCGGGAUAAGAAUUCAGGUAGGAGCCGCGGUUUCGGCUUCGUUACUUUUGCCGAAAGGGAAUCUGUAAAUACAGUUCUCAGGAAGUCUCACACGAUAGACGGCGUUGAAGCGGACGUUAAAUUGGCGGUUAGAAAGGAAAAAGCUAAGAUUCUUGCUCCUCAAUACGACCAGACAAAACGAAUCUUCGUUGGCGGAGUGUCAGAAAAGAUUACCGAGUCCUACUUCAGAGACUAUUUCGCUAGAUAUGGACCUAUCGCAUCCUACAACUACCUUGUCGACAGAGCUACAAACAGGCCUAGAGGAUACGGUUUUGUGAUUUACGAAAACAUGGAAGAUGCUGAAAAAUCUGUCGGUCUCCACAUGUCGCUUGGAAGGAACUGUGAAGCUAAGUUUGCCCAGCCCAAAAAUUCCGAAAAGGAGGAAACCAUGAUCAACGACUUUGAUUACUCUGCCUAUUACUACGCCCAGGCAAACCUGCUCUACUCUCAGUACCUAUCUCAAAUGUACAACGGCCAGACAACCACUGAAUCGUCAAACACUGACGAGUAUCCCACUACAAACAGAUCUAGAGAAUCAAGUCCUUACCACAAGAGAGAUCGUUCAUAUGACCGUAAAAGGUCCAGAAGAAGCCGUUCUAGGUCGAGAUCCAGAUCUAGGCACAGAUCAAGAUCUCGAUCUUACAGCCGGCGGAGAUACAGACGCUGACACUUUAACUUAACUUCUUUAACCUUAAUAUGAUACAUUUUAUAAAA